UCUCUCACAUCUUUCUUUCUUUGAAUCAAUAAUUUCUCUCUCCUCCUUUCUCUCUCUAUAACAAUGGAGUUUCUAUCCGCGGCUCUCUUCGGCCUUCUUUUGGCCUCCAUUCUUCCUCUCCUUUUCUUCUUCGCUUUUAGAGAUGGAAUCAACAACGCCGCCGCCGCCCCUGCCGUCGAUUCAAAAUCUACAAAUUCCGCCGUCCAGAUUCCCCUCUGUUCUGAAACUUCCGACGAUCCUGACGUCAUCGUCGUCGGCGCCGGUGUCGCCGGCGCCGCUCUUGCUUUUACUCUCGCCAAGGAUGGACGAAGAGUUCAUGUAAUCGAAAGGGACUUGACGGAGCCAGACCGAAUCGUCGGAGAAUUGCUUCAACCCGGCGGCUAUUUGAAGCUCAUCGAGUUAGGGCUUGAAGAUAGUCUUAAGGGAAUCGAUGCUCAGCAGGUGUUUGGUUAUGCGCUCUACAAGGAUGGCAACCACACCAGAUUGGCUUAUCCUUUGGAGAAAUUUGAUUCCAAUGUUUCUGGUAGAAGCUUUCACAAUGGCCGUUUCAUUCAGAGGUUGAGGGAAAAGGCUGCUGCUCUGUCCAAUGUGAGACUGGAACAAGGGACUGUAACGUCCGUAGUUGAAGAAGAUGGAAUUGUGAAAGGUGUGCAAUAUAAAACCAAGAAUGGCAAGGAGUUGACAGCUUAUGCUCCCCUCACAAUUGUUUGUGAUGGUGGCUUUUCGAAUUUGCGUCGCAAGCUUUGCAAACCUCAGAUUGAUAUUCCCUCGUGCUUUGUUGGUUUGGUCCUGGAGAACUGUAAGCUUCCCCUUGAAAAUCAUGGACAUGUUGUCCUAGCAGAUCCAUCGCCUAUCUUGUUAUACCCGAUUAGCAGCACAGAGGUACGCUGCUUAGUCGAUAUCCCCGGCCAAAAGGUGCCUUCGGUGGCUAAUGGCGAAAUGGCACAAUACUUGAAAACCGUUGUAGCUCCUCAGCUACCGCCCGAGUUGUAUGCUGCCUUCAUUGCUGCAAUUGAGAAGGGAAAUAUAAAAAGCACAACAAAUCGAAGCAUGCCAGCAAUACCACAUCCCACUCCAGGAGCACUUCUCUUGGGUGAUGCAUUCAACAUGCGACAUCCUUUGACAGGUGGAGGAAUGACGGUUGCUCUCGCCGAUAUCGUUUUGCUAAGAGACCUCCUUCGACCCCUUUCAAAUUUAAAGGAUGCUGAUGCCUUGUGCAACUAUCUCGAAUCCUUCUACACUUUGCGCAAGCCAGUGGCAUCUACGAUAAACACAUUGGCAGGUGCCUUAUACAGGGUGUUUUGUGCAUCACCAGAUCCAGCCAGGAAAGAAAUGCGCGAAGCUUGUUUCGACUAUUUGAGUCUAGGAGGCGUGUUUUCAUCCGGACCAGUGGCUCUUCUCUCUGGUCUUAACCCGCGGCCAUUAAGCUUGUUCUGUCACUUCUUUGCUGUUGCUAUAUACGGUGUCGGUCGGUUGCUAAUCCCAUUCCCCUCACCUAAGCGUAUAUGGAUUGGAGUUCGGUUGAUUACGGGAGCAGCAGGCAUAAUUUUUCCCAUAAUAAAGGCUGAAGGAGUGAGACAAAUGUUCUUUCCUGCAACAGUGCCUGCAUAUUACAGAACCCCUCCUAUGCAGUGAAAGCAAGGGAAAAGGUAAAACAAAAUAUUCAAUAUAAAAAGGGAGAGAGACAGAGAGAGAAUUUCUAUGGAAAAAAACUUAUUGUACUUAGUAGUAUAUUUCCCGAAGUCCAAAGAAUUGAAGGGGGAAAUGCUACUGAUAGGAAAAUGAACUGUAAUGUAGAGUUUAUCCCUUAAACUUUAUAUAGUUUUUGUUUCAUCUUCUCCUCU